UAUCUACAUUGUGUUGAUUCUCCUGGGCUCAUUAAAUUGAUAUCUCAGCUCUAUGUUAUUAUUCAAGGUAACAUUACUACGUCUAUACUAGCUGACUGAACAGAAAGAGCAGUAGCUUUGCGGUGUUUAAGAAAAGGUGAUUUAGUGUCCCGCGGCAUAUUUGGUCAAGCCGGAAAUUAGCCGUUUACGGCCUUCAAAAUAAAAGCGGAAAAUGAAACAAAAGUGUUGUUGUCAUCGGUCACUUUAAUUCUCUAUGGUCUCCGUCACAAUAACUCCGAAAACUAAGUUGGCGUAAUUUUUCAUUCAAGUCUUAAGGCGUUUCUCAGUACUCAAAUUCAGCAGUUCGGACUUGUGGACUUGGCAAGUCCACGCGAGAGUCCAGACUUCCCAAGAACGGGAGGACGGUACAGUCAUUUCUGCUUUUGGAACAGCUGCGAACUUGAUAAUGUCACCACCUCCGCUCGCCUUGGCUGUUGCACUGUGUUGUAGCCUACAUGCAUUUAGAAUAAAACAAUAUAAACACAGCCCAGCCAUGCGUCUUUUCAUUGUAAGAAAUUAAUAUGUAGGCCUAUACGUUUUUAACGUUUCAACAUAAUACAUAACUGACACACAAAAACAUAUAAAUAGCCAAAAUAUUUUCAUAAAAUGUCUUAUUGAUUUUUGAUUUCCAACUCGCCAACGCUCACGAUCACAAUAACCACCAACUCUCCACAAACUUUUCCCCGCACCUGGCUUUUGUUUUGAUUACACAUAAUCAGAAGCCAGGUGCGGGAAUUGGAAAUAGAUUAAAUAUGAUCAAAAGCCAGCUGCGGGCAAAAAAAUUAUACCUGACAUGGAUCGGAGAAGGCGUCUUGGUGCAGUUAUUGCAGCAGGAUUGCUGUACCUGCAGGCUGAGGAGGAGGCUGCCCAGCUGAGGAGGCAGAUCCGAGAAAGACAGCGGAGGAUGAGGAUGAGACGUGCUAUGCUUGCAUGUCUCUAUUGUUUGGUAUGUUUGUCCAAUUGUGGACAAAGUACCCAGAAAAAGUAGUAAUAUCACAACUAGGGUUGGGUACCGUUCAUAAUUGAACCGAUACGGUAUCUGGAAUUCGGUACCGGUACCAAACGGUACCUUAUUUCGGUACUUUUUAAAGUCUAAACUUCUCAGUUUCAACAUUUUAUUGAGAACAUUUAGGAACAGUGCUGCACAUGCAUUUAUUUUGAAAAUUCAAUAAAAAGAUUUAAAUAGAAAUAAAUACAAUUCCUUAAAUUGGAAGUGUUUCCCCCACCUGCCUUGCAUGUUGCGUCGCAAAUAUGGCAGCGAGCAUUGUCUCCGUCGACUGGCGUGAAGUGCAGCCAGACUUUGGACCGCUUUCGGCUCGCCAUUGUUGCUGAGUCUGAGGUGCGAGUCAUGCGCUCUCGCUCCGCCUCCACUUCAGGUACCAAAAUUUGGCACCAAUUCAUUUUAAAUGAAUCGGUACAAAGAACAAAAACUGAGUCACAAGUAAAAGUGCUGCAAAUCUGACUAAAAGUAUAUGGGUAUUGUCAGCAAAAUGUAGGCCUACUUAAAAUGAAAAAUUAAAAGUACUCAUUAUGCAUGGUGACCCAUUUUCAAGCGUUGUAAUCAUCAUAUAGCUACAUGAGUGUUGAGUAAUAAUUGAUCAAUUUACACAUAGGCUACAUGUGAGCAGCAUUUAAAUGUUGUCAUGGUAGAACUAAUUUUAACACCUUUGACUAGUGUACUAGUCUAAUCUAUAACAACGCACAUCAACUUGUAAAUAUGAAACUUACAAUAUAUAAAACAAACUAUCUGAAAAGUAACUAUAGCUAUCAAAUAAAUGCAGCUUGAGUAGAGUGUACAGUAUUUCCCUCUAAGUAUCACAAAAUGUAAAUUCCCAAAGUAUAAGUACAUCAAAUUUGUACUUAAGUACAGUAGCUACUUGAGUAAAUACUUAGUUACUGUCCAUCACUGCAUUUGUCUCAUCAUUAUGCUUUCUGUCUACAUUUUUAUGUAGACUUGACAGUUUACUUGGUACACUUAGAAAAAACAACAGCAGUUUAAUAUAUUAUUAAGUCUAACAUUUUAUUGAAGUGUUGAGUUGUAGAUUGUGGUGCUGUUGAACUGUACUGGAUUAUACUGACAGUAGUUUCUCAUUUAGUCUAUCCUCACCGAAAUGAGGAUCAAACAGGUCAAAUGUUCAGAGGAAAAUUUUAUUCAGCCACACAGAGACUGAGACUGAAUAUUGCCCAUUAGACAUACCCCAAAUGAAUUACAUUUCAUAUUUAACCACUACAGAGAUAUCAGCCACGAAUUUCAAAAGGACUACCUGAGAGAGGCUGCUCUCUGGGGCAGCCUGAGCGCUCAUACACAUGUUUAUUAUCUAUGAGCGCUGACACCGUUGUCAUCUAGCGGGACCUUACUUUCAAGUGGGCUCUAUAUUGAUACAUUGACCACGGGUUUGAAGGUUAAACUACGCAUGAAAACACUACAUUCCGUGACAAAACAACAGUAACAUAUGGGUAAUUACGACUUACAAUUGUGCGCCUUCCCCUCACUUGCCAUUUCCGAUAGAGUUGUACCGAUACCGAUACCAGUAUCGGAAAUGCCUCCGAUACUGCCUAAAAUGCGGCAUCGGACAUCGGCGAGUACAGCCUAUGACCAACCCAAUACCACGUAAUGCCUCACGUCAUUACGCAUACGCAUGCUAUCGAUUGAACAUCACCAUUGUGAUGUGUGCAUGUGUGAUAGUCACAUCGCAGGGCAUGCGAUGUUUUCUCUUUUUUUAGAACAUGUAAACUUUUGUUUUGCUUCAGAAAAGCAGCUCUGAAGCUCUGCUCAUUGCUCCGCUCCGCUCACCUCGUCCUCCUUUCCUUCUGUGUUAAAUAAUCAAAAAUAUGUCCAGACAGUUGAUGGAAACGUUGAUGGCGCAUUUCUGAUUUCUUUCUCUGGUGCCUCCAUCUUUGUUUGAUGAACUUCCUGCCAAAUGCUGCUGACUGGGACUUUACCAGGGGAAAAAAAACACAUCAGCACCCUCUAGUUCACCGAAAAAAGCAAUUGAUUUUUUUUUUAUUCUAGUACCAAAAGUUGUAUGAAAGUGUGUAUUUGAAAAAAUUAAUAUAUAUAAUAAAAGGUCGAUACUUGGCGUUCAUAUACAAUAUCGCCAUGCAAAAUAUUGCAAUACUAUGCUGUGUCGAUUUUUGUAUUAUAUAAUAUAUUUACAUACCACUUCAACUGACAAAAGUUUGAAUUGAACGCGUUGGGAUUAACAUAUUAAGUGUACAGCAGUAGAGCAGACAUGCACAAAGGAAGAUCAGGCAAAGCUUCAUUUCUUCCUAUCUGCAAUAAAAUUUUGUCCGUUUGAAUUUUGUUGAUAAAAGUUUUGCCUAUUAAAGUUGGUGUCUAUUGAAUCUGGUGUCUGUGUAUACCUUGCUGUUUGUAAUGUUGGCUUAUUUGCCUAAUGAAGACCUGGUAGGGUUUAAAAGUUGCCUUUUUCAGUCCAAUAAAAUUUAUUGUGUAAAUACAUACUGAAUCCUUCAUUUCCCAUAAUGUAACCAAUAGCAUAUUUUUGUUAGACAGUCCCCCCUUAGAAAAUAAUGCAAAAAGUUUGUAAUUCAUGCUUUCUGCUGUAUGGGUUUGCACACAUGACGUGUUUUUUACACUCUCAAAUUCAUUGUUUUCAAUGUAGACGCAUGGCAGGCGUGCUCAAACGCCAGAGUGACACUGUUGUCACGUACACGUUCCUGAGCGCCUUUUUUCAGGGCGUGAUGGCUGCACCCUGAGAUAAAUUGGGUUCAACUUUUGUGACGUAAUAGCGUACACUGCAUGUCAUGUGACGAGGAACAACCAAUCACAGACGACAGAUACCUUUCCCUUCCUUCGUAAAUACCAGUCUGCAAUAAAUAUGGAAAGUGGAUCAUUUUGGUGCAGAGCUGCCAGAGCUUUACAUCUGCCCAACGGAUGAUGUGCCCACAGGAGGAAGAUCAGCACUGCGCUCAGGAUUUCAGGGAAAUCUGGGGACCAGAUUGUCCAGAGAAUUGCAUUGCAAUUGCACAGCGCACUGGCUCGCAAAAAGAAAAAAAAGGCUGCUCGAUUUGAGGGAAUCCCAGUCGACUGAGGGGUUUUCAACUGAGGAUUCGAAUCUCCAACUUUAAGGGGCGGUCCUGCAAGUCUGGGAGCUCCUUACCUUCCAAGCAGAGGACGAGAUCAACUGCCAUAUAACAGGGAUGGUACGCAAGAGGCCAUGAGAUUUCGAGUCAUCAUCGAGCACGAUAUCAAGAAGAUAACUUUCCAAAACGGCCUCCCUUCAACUUUGGAGGACUUGAUUAAAGUGUUUAAACAAGCUUUUUCCAUCACCACAGAGAUAGGCCUUCUGUACAAAGAUGCUGAUUUUGAUGACUUCUUCACGCUAACCUCUACAGGUGACCUUAAGGAUAAAGACACACUCAAAGUAGUUCACCUGCCAGCACCUUCAGGUAUAACAAGGCCAGCGGCUCCUCAGCAGCGCACACCCGCUGACUUUGAUAACUCCCUCACAAUAACCUCUACAUGUAGCCUGAAGGAUAAAGACAUAGUCAAAGUAGAGCACGUGCCAUUAUCACCAGGUAUAUUAAUGGCCACGGCCCCUCAGGAGCGCAACCCUGACACAUCAGACACGUCAUCUGUAGAUGAUCGUCUCUCUGUGGAUUCACAGGAUGCUGUGAUUCCCAGUUCCCCUGCUACUGGGAGGCAAAGCCUGUGGCCUGCCAUCUUUCCCAUUCCAACCUUCUCCUACAACACGGAGAUGGCUUUGAGGCAAGGCAAUGAAAAGUUUCUCAAAGACGGAAUCUUGCUGACAUCACCUAGUGUCAAAUCUGACAUUCUGGAGCGCCUGGCGGAGGCCAUGUUUUCCUACACAGCUUAUCCCAAUGAUCCACAGAGGACUGUCGUUGCACAGGCACUAAUAGAGAAGCAUCCCUGCUUGAGGGAGCCUGGCUCUUAUAAUGGAUGUUAUGGGUGGCAGCAAAGCCUAAAAUACAAGUGUGCAAACUAUCGGAGCAAACUUAAAGCACACGGAAACCCUGAACUGCUAAUAAAUUCACUGAAACACAAGCAGGAGGGCGAGAGACAACCUGCCAAAAAUAUCAAGAAACCAAGGAAGGCUGAGGUGAACUUCCUUCCCCCACAUCCAGCCGGCGAAACUGAUGAAAGCCUGGAGAAUGUGAGACUGGAGCUUAUUGCAGUGAGCAGGACAAAGGACAAUGGUCAGAUGAUCAAUGACAUGAUGUCCAGAACAUACAGCUAUAGAAGGAGGGAAGUAGUCGGCCAGUCCAUGACAGUGGCAGAAUUCAGAGAGAGAUGGCCUGCCCUCUUCGAACCAGUACAGAUAAAUGAAGAGUUUCAAAGGUGCAACACUGUUCCCUUGGAGCAAACAUUCAUCUCCCAGCUGGACAGGCACACGCCAAAACUCCUGGAAUUAUUCAGUUCAAAGGGAGGAGCUGUGGGACAGCGCAUGAAGAGUGUGUUGAUUGAGCUGAUUAAGGACCCGCAUGCCUCAUUGGUGAAGAAGAGGGACGUGACUCUGAGAUGCCUCAUUGAGUACCUGGGGGAGAGUGUGCAGGAGCUUGUCUCUGACUACUAUAGAACAGCAGAGGAUGAAGUGCAUCAGGACCUUAAAACACACAGUAUGAGGAUCUACGUGUGCCACCAGCCCGAUGCAGUGGGCAUCAUCAUUGAUGGGACUCCAGUUCUGACUGGUCUGGAUAACAUGUCCAAAGCCUGCUGCCUCCUCCUCGGCCUGACCUACGCCCUCAACCUGGAUUAUCCUCCCAAACUUGCCAAAACGUUUGAAGUGUUUCAAAGACUGUUUGUAGGACUUGAUAUGCUGCAGCCCAAACCAACAUCCAAGUACAUCAACCUGAAAAACAAACUGUUCACCUGAACAAUGGCUCACCUCGUCCAAGGCUAGGUUUUGUUUGUUGUGUGUUAUAUUCAGGAGCUGUGAAGGAGUCUGCUUGUUUGAUGAUAAACUUGUGUUGGAUGUUUGAAAGAACUGUGUUAAUAAUUAAGGGUUAAAACACUGAGCUGUGCCUCAGAGUUUUAAGGAACUAAUAUCCACAGUGGGCUUCUCCGGUAUCUAAUUUUUCAUACCUUCCUGAUAGUGUACAGUACAUGACAGUAUGACUAUAUGGUGCAACUCCCCGCCCCCGACCAGUGUGUUCGCUACUUUCGGCAGGCUCACCGUACAUUUUCCAAACUAAUAAUUACACACGUUGCUUACCGGCUGUUAACGGUCCUGUGCACUAAAUGGGCACCAACAAACAAACAAACAAAUAAACCCGUGACGGGCAUGUGCUGCUCACACAGCCAGAGUGGUUGGUGCUAUUCCUCCACCACUGGUGUCAUGGUGUCUUUUGGCUCAGCUGCCUGAUCCAUCGGUAGAGACCAGAGACUGACCUAUGGUGUUAUGUGCUGUGCACUACAUAUAGUAAGUUAACAGAAACAGGAGCAUCCGUAUUUUUGACGGUAUUGAAAAUCAUAUCAUCCGGAUUUCUUAAUACCCUGGUGUACCAUGAUACCGCCCAAGCCUAAUCCACAGUAGUUCCACAUGUGACAUCUCUGUAAUGUGGUUGUGCACAUGCUUCUUUGUUGGUAAGGUCAGUUCACCCAGAUUACAAAAAAAAACAGAACAGAUUUCACCAGGUUUAAGGGCCUCAAAGCUCUGUUCAUGAUUAGAAUGUGUGUUGUAUAAGAGCUCUGAAAAUUCUCAUGUAAGCUGUAUUUUUUUACUCAAUGAGACAAGUUCUGCUGUAUGUAACUUUUGUACUUGUAGCUAAAUUAUUUUAUCUCUGAGGGGAAAUACAGAAACACAUUUAAGUUUUAAUAAGUGACUACUUUGAUACAUUUUGUUUGACAUUUCAGUUGAGGUUGGUGGUUGCAGAGACUGUUCACUACUGGUUACAUAUGUAAAUAAAUUAGUAACAGUUUCAAGUAAUCUAAUUUUUCAACUUACAGUAUAUUGAUCUGGUAAACCAAGUUCAUAAUUGAUUAUUCCCUCACACUCCGUGUAGUGAUGUAUUCUCACAAACCUACAGUCUUUUUUUUUUUUAAUUGUCUCCACAGCCUGGCAGAGGCAUGGGGUCUCAUUCAUGAAACGUGGGCAGAAGGAAUUUGUGUGUAAACUGUUCGUAGAGGGAAAUUUACGUGCAUGUCCGCAUUCAUCAAUAUUUUAGUAGCUCUGAUCUUUUCGUAGCUACUAACAAAAUCUACUCCUGCUCCUGACCACUCGUAGUGCUUGUGUAAAUUUAGUAAAGCACAUAAAUAUUGCUUGUCACUAUUGGAAAUUACCAUUUUAAUUCGUAUUGCGCUCUGUUAUGCACACAAUACACAGAUGCCUUUAAAACACGUAAUCUAAACAUUACAAAAUAUUAAAAAUAUAACACAUUUAAUUAAAUUAGUUGGCAAUUAGCAGGUUUAAGAUCCAGAUUAGGUUCAUGAUUGUGAAUUAUCUAUGUAAAUCGACUCAAUAGAUUACACGUUCUUUCUACAUGUUGAAUGAUGAUAAUAAAAAUAUCCGUAAGGACAGCCGGAUCACAGCCUCUUCGGCCUCGGUGCUGGGUUCAGCAUGGGCAGCAGGAGCAGCAGGAGCAGCAGGUGGUGGAGCCACGAAGGAGCACACGCCAGCUUAAAGAAUUAUUUGAGACAACACGGUUUUGUUUUGUUUUUGUGGCUUUUUGAUCAUUUGAAUGAAUAAAUCUGAUUUGAAAAAUGUUUAAUUUACGUUGUGUAAAACAGAGCUUUAGGCUAUUAAGAUUCAAAUCAUUUGAAGACGAUGCAUACAAACUGCUGUAGGCUAUAUUUUAUCCGUAUCAUUUGUUAAAAUAAAUGUUAAAUAGCUCUACAUUCCGACAGCCAUCACUGAUUUAGAGUUUAUCCAUUACGCACAAAACAUCUCUGGUUUCCCGUUCCCACUUCAUUCAAAACCCCACAAAUGAAUCCUCUGUUUAUUUGGUGAUCGCUGUAUUUUUUGUGUGUGUGUUUAUGCGUUUCUUUGCCUCCAGUUUCAUAUCAAAGCAUUUACGCUUCACCUCUGACAUGGUUCUUUGUACCACGGAGACAACAUUAACAGCCUCUGUUACCUCCCUCCAGGCCUUUGCUUUGCCUGUCCCUGUCACACCACUACUAACUGAAGAAAAUAAAAUGUUUUUUCUUAAGUCCACUUCACCCAAAAUUAUUUCGAUCUCCGCUUCGGAAAAAUUCUUUUUUCUUUCUCUCCCUUUCUUUCUUUGCGCCAUGACUGACAGGUCGACUGGAUGCACCUACACCUCCUUAUAUGGUGGUCAUUGGCUAUUCAUGGGCGGGGAUUUAUGCUAAUUGCUGAUUACCGGGAGCGCGCUGUCACUUUACGAUGGAUUG